AUGUCUGAGCAACAGAAGGUUUUGGGCAUGCCGCCCUUCUUGGCAGACUUCUUGAUGGGUGGUGUCUCUGCCGCCGUCUCGAAGACUGCCGCCGCUCCCAUCGAGCGUGUCAAGCUUCUUAUCCAGAACCAGGAUGAGAUGUUGAAGACUGGCCGCCUGGACCGCAAGUACAACGGUAUCGCCGACUGCUUUCGACGAACCACCGCCGAUGAGGGUGUCAUGUCCCUAUGGCGUGGUAACACUGCCAACGUUAUCCGAUACUUCCCCACUCAGGCCUUGAACUUCGCUUUCCGUGACAAGUUCAAGAAGAUGUUCGGCUUCAAGAAGGAGCGUGACGGAUACGCCUGGUGGAUGGCUGGUAACUUGGCCUCCGGUGGUGCUGCUGGUGCCACUUCGCUCCUUUUCGUCUACUCUCUAGAUUACGCCCGUACCCGUCUGGCCAACGAUGCCAAGAACGCUAAGAAGGGCGGUGAGCGUCAAUUCAACGGUCUCGUUGACGUCUACCGAAAGACCCUCGCCUCUGAUGGUCUUCCCGGUCUGUACCGUGGCUUCAUGCCUUCGGUCGCUGGUAUCGUCGUCUACCGUGGUCUUUACUUCGGUCUGUACGACUCGAUCAAGCCCGUCGUCCUGACUGGCUCUCUCCAGAACAACUUCCUCGCCUCUUUCAUCCUCGGUUGGUGUGUCACCACCGCUGCCGGUAUCGCCUCUUACCCUCUUGACACUAUCCGACGUCGUAUGAUGAUGACCUCCGGUGAGGCCGUCAAGUACAACGGUACCCUGGAUGCUGCCCGCCAGAUCGUUGCCAAGGAAGGUGUCAAGUCUCUGUUCAAGGGUGCUGGUGCCAACAUUCUCCGUGGUGUUGCCGGUGCUGGUGUGCUGUCGAUCUACGAUCAGCUCCAGGUUCUCCUCUUCGGAAAGGCCUUCAAGGGUGGUUCCGGUUAA